AUGAAGAAAGGUUUGUCUUUCAAAAUCUCUGUGAAGUCACUCCUUGGCAUGUUUUCACCGAAUCUAGCGAACGAGAAGCUUAGCCAUAGAAACGAGGUUGUGAAGAAGAAGAAGAAUAAAGACAAGUUCUUGGAGAGAGAGAAUGAUGGUGAUGGUUCGUGUACGAAUUGCUUUAAGUUUGCUAUGACUUGGUCUUUGUUGGUUAGUAGCUUUGUCCAUUUGUUUCCUAUUCCCUUUAAGAAGAGGGUUCACAGAGAUGAGAAUACUCUUUUGCAUUCACGUAAACAGAACGUUAAGUCAAAGGAUAAGUCUAAAGAAAAGGAAGGAAACAACCCCUUUUCGCAUUCCAUGGGUUUUGUUAUUGAAAUGUUGGCUCGGAAUCUUCAGAAGCUUGACCAGUUUGUGCAGGACAGAUCAAAUAAGGAAACUGGUCCGCUUGUUUUUAACAUAUGGGAUGCUAGGAAGCUUGAUGUUAAUGGGUUUCUUGGGAACUUGAUGUUUGCUAGAGUUGGAGAUGUGGCGUCUGGUAUAGUUGGUCUGACUUCUCCUGUAAGUGAAGAUGGUGAUGGAUAG